CGCGGGUUGUUGCUACUUGGGCUGUGGAUUUCCCCGGCAACACCAUGUCACUCUCUUUGCGCACCUCUGGGCUGUCCCAGCGACUGUCCUCCCAAAGUGGGACAGCAGGCAGAGUCAGGGGCAUGUCCACUUCCACUGCUGGAAGUGUCUAUGGGGGAAGCACCUUUGGCUUUGGAGGUAGCUGUGGGGGAGGCUUUUCUGCUGCUUCCAUGUUUGGCUCUAGCUCUGGCUUUGGUGGUGGUUCUACAAGUUCCUUUGCAGGAGGACUGGGCACUGGUUACGCAGGCUCCCUGGGGGGUGGCUUUGGAGGCCUGGGGACUGGCUUUUGGGGAAGCCCAGGAGGUGGCUCCGUAGGUAUUCUCGCUGGCAAUGAUGCAGGCCUUCUUUCUGGAUCAGAAAAGGAAACCAUGCAAAAUCUUAAUGACAGAUUGGCCUCCUAUCUCGAUAAGGUUCGAGCUCUAGAAGAGGCUAAUACUGAGCUAGAAAACAAAAUUCGAGGAUGGUAUGAAUCACGAGGGUCUGGGAUUGGAGACCCCAGGUCACAGAGUGAUUACAGUAAAUAUUAUACGUUGAUUGAAGACCUCAGGAAUAAGAUCAUUUCUGCCAGCAGCGGGAGCGCCCAGCUCCUCCUGCAGAUUGAUAAUGCCAGACUGGCUGCCGACGACUUCCGAAUAAAGUACGAGAAUGAGCUGGCCCUAUGCCAUAGCGUGGAGGCCGACAUCAAUGGCCUGCGCAGGGUGCUGGACGAGCUGACUGUGACCAGAUCUGACCUGGAGAUGCAGAUCGAGAGUCUGACUGAAGAGCUGGCCUACCUGAAGAAGAACCACGAGGAGGAGCUCCAAAGCUUCCGGGAGUGCAGCCUUAGCCAGGUGAGCGUAGAAAUGGACGCCACCCCUGGAGUGGACCUCACCGGACUUCUCAACGACAUGAGGGCGCAGUAUGAAACCAUCGCUGAGCAGAAUCGGAAGGACGCGGAAGCCUGGUUCACUGAAAAGAGCGGGGAGCUCAGGAAAGAGAUCAGCACCAACAAGGAGCAGCUUCACUCCAGCAAGAGUGAGGUCACCGAGCUGAGGCGCGCGUUUCAAAACCUCGAGAUCGAGCUCCAGUCCCAGCUCGCCAUGAAGAAAUCCCUUGAGGAUUCGUUGGCCGAAACCGAGGGUGACUACUGUGGCCAGUUGGACCAGGUGCAGCAGCUCAUCGGCUGCCUGGAGGAGCAGCUGCAGCAAGUGCGCGCCGACGCCGAGCGCCAGAACGCCGACCACCAGCGGCUGCUGAACGUCAAGGCCCGCCUGGAGUUGGAGAUCGAGACCUACCGCCGCCUGCUGGACGGGGAGGUCAAGGGUGAUGGGUUGGAUGAAAUUUCAUUUGUGACAGACUCCGAAUCUCAAGCACAGUCAAUUGAUUCCUCCAAAGACCCAGCCAAAACUCAAAAAGUCAAGACAAUUGUGCAAGAGUUGGUGAAUGGUGAGGUAGUCUCAUCCCAAGUUCAGGAAACUGAAGAACUAAUAUAA